GCUCAAUCAAAUAGAUCUCUGCGUUAUUGAGUUACCAAAUCGCCAUGGACAUGGAGAAGGAGGAGGAGACGGAGGACGUACAACUGCGGGUGAACGCUAAGUAUGACGCGGAGCUCCUCCAUGGGGCAAUCCAAGAUCUCAUUGAGGAGAAGAGAGCGGGGAGAAACAAUGCCUCCGAUGAUUGCUUCGUCGACGACGACGAACAGGUGCUGCUUUCCAGAUUAAUUUCGCAGUUGGAGACAUUAAAGGGAGAUGUAACCAUCGAGUCAUCAAAACCAGCCUCAGAAAUGGAUGUGCUUUCUGCAGUUAGCGAAGAGGAUUCAAAAGAUGAGAAUGUAGGCGGGCCAAAAGAUGGAAGCACAGAAAUGGUACAAGAAGCAAUCCUUAAAGAGCUUCGGAAGGUGAAGAGACAGAACAGUAUCACUCAUUGGCUCCUUUCGAUCAUGAUAUUUGUCACUGUUGCAUGGCAGCUCUCUGAGGUCUCACUCAUAAUGAAUGUGAAGAACAAAAUGAGACACCCUUUUGGAACUGUUGGAAAUGCAAUCAAGGGGAUGCUAGGGGGUCGAGGGAAAGAUGAGAAUGAUGAGCCAACAAAUAAGGAUCAGACUUUCCAGCCUUGGGUUUAAACGAUGACAGUGACUAGACCUCUUCUCUUAGUGUUCAGAUCGAGAGCUCAGUGAGGCUAUUCUUUUCUGAGGGAAGGUAGAGGAGCUGAUAUGCCCUUCAAUUGGUAACAGAUGAAGGUAAGAG